AUGAAGAUCGUCAUUGUAGGAGCUGGGAUUAAUGGCUGUGCCACCUACCUUCAUCUUCGAAAGCACCUCCCUCAACCUCCUUCCCCAUCUGACUCGCACACCUACACAAUUUAUGAGGCGUAUGACACGGCCCGAACCACAACGUUUCGGGAGAGGGCCGUCUCGGCUGUCGGUGAAGAAGGAUCCACUCGAUCUGCGACAUUAGCGGUGGGUGGUGGAUUGGGGCUGGCCCCGAAUGGAUUCAGCGUUCUCCGUCGCCUAGAUGCAUCCAUAGCUCAGGAUGUGGUCAGUGGUGGACAUCCAUACUCGUCGUUCAACUUUAGAAGUUCAUAUGGCUGGUCGUUAAUGCGAAUGGGCCAGAGUGCAAAUGUCGAUGGAGAGCAGAUCAACUCGGUGGCUAUGAGUCGGCAUAACAUUUGGCAAUGUCUCCGAGAUCGAAUCCCUGAUGAUGUCUUUGUGACUAAGAAAAUUGAAAGAGUCAUUCCACGAAGUGGUCCCUCGGGAAAACAUCUGAUCACGUUCAAGGAUGGAAGCGAACCCGUGGAAGCUGAUCUGGUCAUCGGCGCUGAUGGUGUCAAGUCUACUGUGAAACGAGCUGUAUUUGAUGCAGAGACUCCAGAGGACGACCCAUAUCCACCCCAAUAUGAAGGUUUUGUUGGUGUUGGAGGCUUCCUUACCGUCACGGAUAAAAUUCGACGUAACAUCCCCGAUGAUGCCAUGACCCUCACCUUCGGUGGCGCCGGAAUGUUUGGCUAUUGUUACUCCUCAAGUGCUCCAACGGAUAAGCAUCGAGACUCCCCUCUUCACAUCAGUGAGCCUGGCGACACAAUAAUUUGGUGGUCUACCUACGGCAUUCCAGAUUGUCCAGAGCCCAAGGACAUGGAUGGUGUUGCCAUCAUGAAAGCUCUACAAAAGCGACACGGGAAGUGGAGUGAUCCCGUAAUCAAGCAUAUUGUGAACAAUGCCAAGGUAGAAACCAUGUGGCCGACAUGGACAACACCGGAGUUGCCCGUCUGGGACCGAGAUGGUAUCGUGUUGCUCGGUGAUGCAGCCCAUGCACUGCCCCCAACAUCAGGACAAGGGUCAGGUCAGGCCCUAGAAGACUCUGAGUGCUUCCCAUUAUUCCUGUCACACUACCUUCGAAAGGCAUAUGAGCAGAGCGAGGAUUCUAAAUCCGCUACGGCUCUCAACGAGCGAGAUGCCAUCAACCUCGCUGCAAAGAAGCACAGGGAGCUACGAGCCCCACGAGUCAAUGCUCUCUUGAAGGAUGCGCAAAGACGACAACAAGCAAAGCACAAGAAGAAUGUCGUGGAGGAGUUCUUCAUGUAUUUCAUUCUUUUGUUAGUUGGAUUUUUCGCAUCUUCCAACCCGUCCAAAGCUGUGUUUGAAUAUAACAUGGCGGAGGAAGUGCAUAAGGUUCUUGCUGAGGAGGAAAGUGUGAAGCCUGAGGCUUAA